AUCUGAAAUGGUACAAACAGCACACAGAAAAUGAAGUAAAACAUGUUUUCUCUGUCCGGAUUCCGGAAUCGGAUAGAAGGAAGAUACUAGAAUAGAUCCAACAUGUUCGGUCCUUAUCAACUUGGUUCACUCACUCUUCUUCUUCUCUUCAUUUUCCCUGUUUUUCUUUCUUCAUUUGAAGCUUCCGUAGCAGCAGCCAGGCCAGGCUUUCUCUACAUAAGAACCACGGAAAUAUGUACACCAAAGUACUGGAGCAGCGGGAGAGAGGCGUGGCCGAAGAUGGUCCCACAGACAUCGACGGUCUCGAAGGUGUUCGGGUCGAUGGCAUACGAACGGUACAGAUCUGAUCUGACGUUGGUGGAGGCGACGGUGAGGAGCGACGAGGGGAACGCUUUCCGUGGGCUGCUGAAGCAGGCGAGCGCUGCCCUGCUCAACUCCUACGCCAGGAAGGGGUUCCCGUACACUCCUUGGGCCGUCAAGACUCUGGUGAUCAAAGCCCUUGUUUCCGAGGAGGCCGCAGCCCUUCAGGCCCAACACUUCUACAUUGCCAAUGAGGCUUGCCAUUGAUGGGCCCCUCUGUUUCUUUUUGUUUUUGUGGCCCAUGUUUUGUGUGCUUAGCGCAAUAGCAAACCUUCUCCCUUCUUUUUGUGGCAGGUGUUUCGUACAUUUCGUACGCUGUUUAGAAUUUUCGGCUUAUAUGAUUAAAAUAUCAUGAAUUACUUUCUUCCA